AUGGAAGAAAUGAGAUCAUUGUUAGAUUCCCUAAUGGGAAAGGACAGGAACGAAACGGAUGCCAGGAAAAAGCACAGCUUCAAGGACGAUAAUGUGUGUAAGUAUUACUUAAUUGAUUUUUGUCCUCACGAUCUUUUCCACAAUACAAAAAGUGACAUAGGGAGAUGCAAAAACAUACAUUCAGAAGUUCUAAAGGAACAACUGGCAAAUCAUGAAGAUUAUAAAUACUACCGGGCAAAAUAUGAGCAAAAGUUUAUGAGAACGCUGGAAAAUAUUAUCGACUUGGCCGAUCACAAAAUUGAGAGAACCAAAGAAAAAUUAAGGUACAUGUCGGAGAAUAGCAAAAAUCAUGUGGACAAGAAAGAGAAAAUCGAAAGUAUCAGUAAUCACAUAGAGGACUUACAAAAACGGGAAGAAGAAGCUCGGGAAAAGGGGGACUUAGUCAAGGCAGACAGUUUUAGCAGCCAAGUGACCACCCUUCAAGCAGAAAUCAAAAGGUUAAAUGAGGAGCCUGAGAAGGUAGCGGAGCCAAAUUUGAUGGUUUGCGAAGUAUGCGGAGCCAUGAAAUCGCCCGGAGACCCCAUUACGAAACUUGAAAACCAUGCCAGUGGAAAGCAGCACAUAGGAUUUGAAACGAUAAGGAGUGCUCUAACUAAAUUGAAAGACACCGUGAAGGAACGAGAACAAAUUAUUGAGAAAUAUAGAAAAGAAAAAUAUGCGCAUGAUGAGAAGUCUUCCAGAACAGAAAGAAGCCAUCGCGAUCGUGAACACAGAAGAAGAUCCAGCAGCCAUAGAAGAAGUUCAAAACGCCAUAGAUCUCAUGAUAGGAAUAGUCGGACGCAUCAGUCCAACAGGAGCAAACGCUCGAGAAAGCAUUCAUCCUCAUAUAGAAGUAGAUCCAGUAGCUGGAGCCGUUCCAGGGAAAGACAUAAAGAACGAUCGAGCAUCGAAGCAUGCCUCGAGUUACAGAUUUCAUGGAAAGGACUUAACAAGGAUGAUAGUAUUAAAGGUGCCGCCGAGGCCUUAAAAAAGAAAGACGCAGGGAAAAAUGUUUUUGAAACCCUGCACAAUUUGUUCCUAGAAGAAAAGGAGAGUAAUAAACGCAAGCAUGAAGAUUUGUCUGAACAUAUAGACAAAAUGAAGGCAUAUUUUGAUGAAAAAAUAAACUCCCUUAAGGAUAACACUCAUGAAAAUCUGGAAGAGUUAAAAUAUUACCUGGACCAGUUAAACAGGAAUAAUAAAGAUAAAGCAACGGACAACAACACCUUCCUGGACGAAUUGGAAAUUGUAAAAAAUGAUGUGAACAAAUUGAAGAAGGAGAAGGAGGAAAAUAUAAAUCUCAUCAAAACGAGCAUGCGGACUUACUUCGACAAAAUAAAGGGGAUGCUAAGCGUAAUGAACGCAAACAUAGAGAGCGUUAGGGAGGAGCUAGCGACUUAUAAGGAAAACAAUCAAAUAGACAAUAAAAAAAAAAAUAUCGAAAUUUUGCAGCUGAUAAACGAAGAAAACGAGGCACUGAACAAAAAGAUGGAGGAGUCUCUCAACUCGCUAAGCAGCGACAUUUGCGAAGCCACAGAGCAGAUCAUCAACUUUAAGGAGCACAUGGAAAACCAAGUGAAGGACAUAAAAAACGAGACAGAUAUGAAUAAAAGAGAAAUGGACGAGAAGACUAACGAACUGACUACAAAUCAGAAGAAACUGCUGAACGAUUUUUAUCCUUCCGAAAUGGGCUAG